AUGUGGGUCUUUUACCUGAUCUCGUUGCCUCUAACCCUAGGUAUGGUCGUCUCUACGUUGAGAUACUUCGCCGGGCCAGAGGUGCCGCGUUACGUUCUCUUCACUGUCGGAUACACCUGGUUUUGCUCCCUCUCCAUCAUCAUUCUCGUUCCCGCAGAUAUCUGGACGACUAUGUUUGGGUUCGAAACAGGCGCAAUCUCUUUCCUCUGGAGCUGGUCGUAUUGGAGUUCUUUCUUACUUACUUGGGGUAUAGUGCCCCUUAUUCAGGGUUUCGAAGAUGCUGGAGACUUUACUAUGACUGAAAAGUUGAAGACCAGCAUACAUGCUAACUUAAUCUUCUAUCUGAUUGUUGGAUCUGUUGGCCUCUUUGGACUUAUUCUUUUGAUAAUGAUGGACAAGAUAAGGACUAAUGGUGUGCUUGGUUUUGCUAUGGCGUGCUCAAAUACUUUUGGACUUGUGACAGGUGCAUUUCUUCUUGGUUUUGGUUUGAGUGAGAUUCCAAAGACUCUGUGGAGAAACGCAGAUUGGACUAUACGACAAAAGGUUCUUUCUCAUAAGAUUGCAAAAAUGGCUGUGAAACUUGAUGAUGCCCAUCAGGAAUUUUCCAAUGCCAUUGUGGUCGCUCAAGCAACAUCAAAUCAGAUGUCCAAGCGUGAUCCUUUGCGACCCUACAUGGAUGUCAUUGACAAUAUGCUGGCUCAGCUGUUUAGGCAAGAUCCAUCUUUUAAGCCUCAAGGUGGUCAACUGGGGGAAAAUGAUAUGGACUAUGACACAGAUGAGAAAUCAAUGGCAACACUCAGGCGUCAUCUUCGACGAGCUCGAGAUGAAUAUUAUCGUUACAAAAGCGAAUACAUGACAUUUGUCUUGGAAGCUCUUGAACUCGAAGAUGCAAUUAAAAACUAUGAACGCAGAAACUCAACUGGAUGGAAAUACAUGUCCAGCUUCAGACCUGCUAGAAGUGGGAAACUGGGUUCACUGGUGGAUACCAUAGAAUUUCUUUGGAGAUGCGUACUGAGGAAGCAACUUGAGAAGCUCUUGGCUAUUAUACUUGGCACCAUGUCAGCUGCAAUUCUCUUAGCUGAGGCAACACUUGUAAUUACUGGCGUUGAUUUGUCACUUUUUUCUAUCCUUAUUAAAUCUGUUGGACGGCAAGAACUUUUUGUACAGGUCUCAGCUCUUGUGCCUUUGAUGUAUAUGUGCAUCUGCACAUAUUAUUCAUUAUUCAAAAUUGGAAUGUUGAUGUUCUACUCACUAACUCCCCGACAAACAAGUUCUGUGAGCUUGCUUAUGAUAUGCUCGAUGGUUGCUCGAUAUGCUCCUCCAAUUUCAUACAACUAUCUUAACCUCAUUAAUCUCGGUGAUAAGGAUACGGUAUUUGAAAAGCGAAUGGGGAAGAUUAAUGACGCUGUUCCCUUUUUUGGAGUUGGCUUCAACAGAAUCUAUCCACUUUUCAUGGUUCUCUACACUCUGCUGGUCGCAAGCAACUUCUUCGACCGUUUACUAGGUUUCUUUGGCAAUUGGAAGAGGUUUAGGUUUCAAACCGAGGUAGAUGAUACAGAUGGCUUUGAUCCUUCAGGACUAAUUAUUCUUCAGAAGGAAAGAUUGUGGUUAGAACAAGGACAGGGAGUCGGUGAGCAUGUUGUCCCACUAGCGAGGAACUUUAACGGCAUGGAUGUUGAGUCUGCCAGCAACAAUAUGGAUAAGACAACGGUGGAAAUGAAGUCUUCAAGCAAUUUGAUCACCGAUGACAAAGCGGGAGGUUCAUUGAAUAGAGUUUCAAAGGAAGAGACUCGUCGAUACAAUCCGAGCAGAGAAGCUCUUAGCAGUAAGUAUGCUGCGGUUAGACAGCAGAGUAGACUUUCCAACCUGAGGCCAGUGGAGAAGAACAUAGCUUCCGCUAAGGUGUCAUUGCUUGAUGCAGGCAACUCAGAUUCCGACAACACAACUCGAGGGGGGAUGUCUUCAUCUUCAUCUGGUCUGACUGCUAGGUGGGAGUCAAUGAAGAACGGGUUUCAGACCUUCAAAGCCAAUAUAGAGGCAAAGAGAUUUCUUCCUCUAAGGCAGACACAUGAACCUUCAAAGCUCGUCUCCCACGAUUCAUCGCCCGAGAGUCUCGACGAGAUAUUCCAGAGAUUAAAGCGACCGUCCGUUGAUGAUCCUGGAAGUCUGAGUGGCGAGGAUGAUGCUGCCGGGACCACCAGAUGA